AUGUUUGAGGUUUUCCUGGCGACCGUCCUGUACGACAUCAGCACGGGCAAGCAGCUGAGCAUCUUCGAGCCCUACCUCCAGGGCGAGAGGUUGUGCGCGCGCACAGUCUUCAACUACAACUUCGGUCUCUGCAUCGUGCAGCACCUGCAGGGCCUCAACGAGAUCUACCUGCAGAAGAUGGCGGACAUCGAAAAGGUGCAGCAGCUGCUGGGCGAGCUCUACGUUUUCUACGAUGAAGGUACACCGGAACCGCUCGAGGAGUUCGAACCCGGCACCCUGUGCGCCGCCAAAUCGUCCGACGGCAACUGGUACCGCGCCAUCAUCAUCAUCGGCAUCAACCGCGACGCCGACGUCACCGUACAGUUCCCCGACUACGGCAACAAGGAGACCGUCCCCAAGGACAAGGUUAAAAAACUAGACCCUAGUUUCUUCGAACCGUGCGCUCGGGCUCUCGUCGCGAAGUUAGGACUGGUACCACUCCGCCACGACGCGGUCACCGAGUUGUCCAAAUGGACUUUAGACAAGGAGGUGCAAGUCACGCUCGUAUACGAAGACGGCCGGCUCGCCACUCUACACCUGGACGGAGCGGACUCGUCCAUGAAACUGGUCAACGAGAAGCCGGCCACCCCGGAGGUGAGUUCCGAACCCGUGCCGCUUCUCAGCAACGCGGUACUCCAGAUGCCCGACAAGGUCGGCAAGAUCGAACAGAUCCGGGCCGAGCUCGCGGCCGCCGCCGACACGUACAAGGACCUGCAGACGCUCGAGUCGGGCACGCCGUGCGUCGCCGAGCACUUCGCCGACGGCCUCCGGUACCGCGCCCGGGUGCUCUACCCCGACAACAAGAACACCGCCGUGCGCUUCAUCGACUACGGCAACCUCGUCGUGUUCCACAAGCGGCGUGGCCUCAUCAAGAAAAUGCCGGAGAGUAUGUACGUACAUCCGCUCGCCGCUCGCUGCUACGUCGACGUCGCGCCCACCGGCCAGUGGUUCGAGGCGCUCGUCGGCGACACGCGCGUCGACCUGCUAGUGGCCGUACCCCGUGCGCAACCACACCGACCGGCACGUGGCGCAGGGCUCAGAGCGUGAGCCCUCAGAGCGUUCUGAGUGCAGCUCAAGCAAAACUACAUUCUCCUAAAUGGGACACUCCAUC